UAUCCCCGUCAAGCAACUCAAGCAUAGAUAUAAACUAUAUAAGCCUUACCGACUACCGACUUAUUACGCUGAGAUAUUUCCGCCGGAGCUGUAUCAUUGACCGCCGGAAGAGGUACACAGCAAAAAAUCAAACACAUAAACCAAUUGAUCAUUGUUGCUGCAUGAUGGAAAUGACAACUUCUCUUCGAUCUUCUAUCACCGUCUGUUCUGGACCUGUCAAGUCCGGUCGCCGUUUCACGACAGACGCGCCCGGGUUUGUUAGAUUCGGAUCCAAAGCUCUUGUACCUGCACCUUCAAUCAAGCUGUACCCAUCAAUUUCUCAGGUAAAGUUGGGCAACAGAAGAGUGGCAUUUGGGAGCACAAAAUGCAAUUCCAUUCGUGCAUCAUUGCCACUUUCAAACUCAGGGGGCUCAGCCAUGCCUAUUGCUCCACUUAAGUUGGAAUCUCCAAUUGGACAAUUUCUCACACAAAUUUUGGUAAGUCAUCCACAUCUUGUGUCGGCUGCAGUAGAUCAGCAACUUGAGCAGCUUCAGACUGACCGUGAUUUAGAGAAGCAGAAUGAUGAGCCACCUGCAUCUGGCACCGACAUAGUUCUGUACAGGAGAAUUGCUGAGGUCAAGGCCAAUGAAAGAAGAAAAGCCCUGGAAGAGAUUCUGUAUGCCUUGGUGGUGCAGAAAUUCAUGGAUGCCGAUGUACCUUUGGUUCCAGCCAUAACUUCUCAUUCGCAAGAUUCUUCUGGUAGUAUUGAUACCUUGCCAAGCAAAGAUGAGCAGCUUGCACGGCUUCAUUCACCUGAAGCUUAUGAGAUGAUCCAGAAUCACCUCUCUCUCAUUCUGGGAAAUAAAUCCGGUGCCAAUAGCUCGGUUCAAAUAAGCAAGUUAAGAGUUGGCCAAGUGUAUGCUGCAUCAGUUAUGUAUGGUUACUUCCUUAAGCGAGUUGACCAGAGAUUCCAGCUUGAAAAGAGCAUGAAAGCCCUUCCGCAGGGUUUAGAUAAAGAAGAUAGUGGCAUUCAGCAAGUUGGGGGUGAUAGCAGUGAUACGUCUUUGAGGUCUUCACCAUCCCAUCCUGAAGUGGUUUCAUGGCCUGAUGGUGGGAUCGGUUCCAGGGGUUUUGGCACCGAAUUGAAACCCUCGAGACUGAGAACCUACGUGAUGUCAUUUGAUGGGGAGACUCUUCAGAGAUAUGCAACCAUCAGAUCUAAAGAGGCCAUAAAUAUCAUCGAAAAACACACUGAAGCAUUGUUUGGUAGACCUGAGAUCACCAUCACACCCGAAGGUACCAUUGACUCUUCCAAAGAUGAACUCAUUAAAAUUAGCUUCAGCAGUCUCAGGAGGCUCGUUUUGGAGGCCGUAACCUUUGGGUCUUUCCUGUGGGACGUGGAGAGCUCUGUGGAUUCUAGGUACCAUUUUGUUGGUCAUUGAACAUGGUGGUGCUCCAUGAUGCAAUGGCCAUGCUUGAGGUUUAACUUAGUCAAAUUCUCUAAAAUACUAUGGACCACGGAUCGCAUGCCAAUCAAUUUGUACAUAGUGACCAUUUUCAGUAACGUCCUGGUUAUAACAGUAUUUGAUUUUUGGUAGCAGCUAGCAGUCUUCAGGAUAGACUAGCAAUUGUUUGAUAAUUUGAUCGUACGUGUGUAAAUGUGUGUUUUUGAUAACGCAAGAAGAAGGGAUGGAUACGUCGUAUUGAAUUAAGUGGUAGUUAAAAAUCUUAUGUA